CUUAUGUAUAACAAAAUAAAAAGUAGGCACAAUGUUUGGUAAUACAUCAAACAAAAAGAAAGCCAUGGAAGUACCUACUUUCCAGGCCACAUUCCCACACUUAUCAAAUUAUUUGAACUUUAAAGAAGCUCUCUUUAUUCUUCCCAACAGCUCCCACUACACAAGCUCUCAUCUUCUUCUCCAACUCCUCCUCCUCCUCCUCCUCCUCCUCCUCACUAUGUCUAAAGACUGUAAGUGCGAACGCCACAAGAUCCACCGCCGCCUUUUCUGGCUAGUGGUUGCCGUAAUUCUCAUCAUCCUCUUCAUCAUCCUCAUCGUCUGGCUGGCUCUCCGGCCGACAAAACCUCGCUUCAUCCUCCAAAACACCGACAUCAUCCAGUUCAACCUCUCCUCCUCGUCCACCCUCUCCUCCAUCAUCCAAGCCACCAUCUCCUCUCACAACCCUAAUGAACACGUCGGCAUCUACUAUGACAACCUCAACGUCUUCAUCUCCUACAAGUCCCAACAAAUCACUCUCCCCUCCUCCCUCUCUCCUGCUUAUCAGGGACAUGGUGAUGUGGAUGCAUGGUCACCAUUCUUGUACGGUAACACAGUUCCUAUAGCUCCAUCUCUCUGUGAAGCUAUUGUUCAGGAUGAGAAUGCUGGAUUGUUGUUGCUGUUCAUCAAGAUUGAUGGAAGGUUGAGAUGGAAAGUAGGGUCUUGGAUAUCUGGUCAUUAUCAUAUCUAUGUGAAUUGUCCAGCCUUGCUGACUUUUGUUAAUGGCAAAGCUAGUGGGUACUCGCCAUCUCUUAAGUUCCGGCAGGUUUCUGCUUGCACUGUUGAUGUAUGAGCUUUAAUUAGUAUAAUAAUUACUUAAUUAA